AUGGCUGUUGUAAACAUUCGUCGUGAUGUCGACGACAAGUUCUACCGCUACCGGAUGCCUGUCCUCUUGACCAAAAUCGAGGGCAAGGGUAACGGUAUCAAGACCGUCAUCCCGAACAUGUCCGACGUGGCCCGCGCGCUCAGCCGCCCGCCCACGUAUCCGACCAAGUUCUUCGGAUGCGAGCUUGGCGCGCAGACCGUGCUCGAUGAGAAGAACGAUCGCUACAUCGUCAACGGCGCGCACGACGCUGCCAAACUCCGCGAGCUCCUUGACGGCUUCAUCGAGAAGUUCGUGCUGUGCAAGGCGUGCAAGAACCCUGAGACGGACUUGAUCAUCACCAAGAGCGACGACAUCAUCCGCGACUGCAAGGCGUGCGGCGAGCGCACCGGCGUCGACAUGCGGCACAAGCUCACGACGUACAUCAUCAAGAACCCGCCGAAGAACCCGAAGAAGAGCAAGCGCAAGGCUACCGCGGACGGCAGCCCGAGCCCUAACGGCGGCGAGAACGGCGAGGGCGACGAGGACGCUGGCGGCGAGAGUGACGACGAGCUCACCAAGCGCAUCAGGGCUGAGGCUGCGGAGCUUAACGCCGAUGCCGCUAUUGCCAAGGAGGACUGGUCUGCGGACACCUCCCCUGAGGCUGUCAGGGCGCGCAUGAAGGCGGUUGAGGCUUCCCUCGCCAGCGUCUCCCUUGUCGCCGCGGGCGAAGAGGACAGCGAUGAGGACGCCGACAGUCCCUUCUCUCAGCUCGGUCACUGGAUCUCCGACAACCGCGACAUCGGCGCCGUCGAGAUCUACAAGAAGGCUGAGGAGCUCGGCAUUGCGAAGAAGCACAACACCGUGCAGGUCAUCUCGCAGACGCUUUUUACCGAGGAUAUUGUCACCGAGAUCCCGAAGUAUGCUCCUCUCUUCGUCAAGAUGGUGACGUCCGAGAAGCACCAGAAGGCUCUGCUGGGCGGCAUCGAGCGAUUCGUCGGUGUGCUGCACCCCGACCUGAUCCCUGCCAUCCCGAAGAUCCUCAUGGAGUUCUACCAAGUGGACGUCCUCGACGAGGAGCUGCUGAAGCAGUGGGGCACACACGUCAGCAAGAAGUACGUGGACCGCGACACCUCGAAGAAGGUUCGCAAGGCCAGCGAGCCUUUCCUCAAGUGGCUCGACGAGGCGGAGGACACGGAGAGUGAGGAGGAGUAA